UCCGUUCAGAAGUCACUUCCGGGAGACUUGUUGGACGCUUUUCUCACCACUUUUAGUCUCAACGAUAACUUUUUAGACAAACUCUGUCAUCAUUUUACUGAAUAAAAAGUCAGCAAAGAGGUAGAAAUAACCAGACACAGAGAAAGUUGAAGAGGAAGAAAAGAAGGAGCGCUCGCUUCUGUUGACAGGCUUUCAGAAGAUGAUGGAGGCUUCAGAGGAGAACGGAGACGUUGCUGCGGCGUCCAGCACCACAGAGGAAGAGGAAACGCCUCCAGAGGACAGACGUCAUGACGACGUGGACUUAAAGGAAGCUAACAGUAACUCCAACCACUCAGGUGAAGAUGCGACUGACGGUUCGACCUCAGCGGAGGUCGCCGUGGAAACGGAUGAAAACACAGAGGUGACGGUCUCUCCCCAGAAACCCAACGGUGGGCCUGUGGUCAUUGAAGCCUUCAACAAGAACCUGGCCAGCGAGAAGCUGGAGCGAGUCCGCAAGUGGAGCAUCAGCAAAUACAAGUACACCCGGCAGGCUCUGGCCGAGCGGAUGGGCCGCGGCUCCCGGACGGUGGACCUGGACCUGGAGCCGCGCCUGGAGCUGCUUAGAGACGACCGGCAGCGCUACGACCACAUGACCAAGCUGGCUCAGACGCUGGCCAGUCAGUUCGCCCAGUUCUCCGUCACCCAGAAGUCGAUGGCCACCGCCUUCACCGAGCUCAGCUUCAAAUCCAAGAACCUCCACGUGGAGUUCGACAUGAACGCCGAGGCUCAGAAGUUUCUGUCGAAGAGCACAGAGACCCUGCAGUCGGCCAUCAACACCUUCACCUCCGACAUGAACACUCUGGUGAACAAAACCAUCGAGGACACCAUGAUCAACGCCAAGCAGUACGAGGCCGCCAGGAUCGAGUACGACGCAUACCGAGUGGACCUGGAGGAGCUGAACAUGGGCCCACGCGACGCCACCACCCUGCCCAAGCUGGAGCAGGCCCAGAAAACCUUCCAGGGCCAGAGGGAGCGGUACGAAAAGGUCCGGGACGACCUGUCCGUCAAAGUCAAGCUGCUGGAGGAGAACAGGGUGAAAGUCCUCCACAACCAGCUGUGGCUGCUCCACAGCGCCGUCGCUGCUCACUGCUUGUCAUGUCACAGUUUCCUGGAGAAAAACAUGCAGCAGGCCGUUGAACAUCUAAACGCCGCCAGCGCUGACGCCCCCUCCUGGCUGGAGGAGAGCUGACGAGCGUCAAGAUCAGUCUGAGUGACUUUAAGAUGCAUUUGAAAGGUUUCUGCUUUAUGCUCUAAAAGCUGGGAGUUCGAAGGACAGUAAUUUAUUUUGGGUGAUGAAAGGGACAUUUGGGUUUGAUACGAAGUUGUUCUGAAAUUAUUAUUGUUUAAAAAUUUAAUUUUCUGUGUUUGAAUCACACAUUUAAUUGGAAGAAAACCAACAAACCUUCUUUGUUUCCUGGGCCUGGACUCAAGGCGUUGUUCGGUAAAUCCGUUAAAUCCUUUGAGAGGCGCUAAGCUUCUCUUUGAACUCUGAAAAUCUGCUGCCACUGCAGUCAGAAAGUCACAAAAGGUGCCUGAACGCCACGGCUGGAAAACAACUUCAGAGUGGAUUACGGCUCUCGGUCCUCAGCCCAGUAAAACCUCAGACCUCUGUUUGCAUUUCCUUUAUUAGAAAACUAAACACUCAGGCAGCUCUCCGACUUUACAGGCUGGAAAACAUCUUUUUUAAUACAUUUCCAUUAUUCACCUCAGGAAAAUCAUUUUUAAGAGCUGAGCCCAAAUUCAGAUGAGAAGCAUAAGGUUUUUAAGUUUAUAAAGAUCCAGUAAAAUAUCAACAAACUGCAUAUUUAAAACCUUCACCAGCAGUAAUUUGGAUCAAGCCAUAUCUCUGGCUUAUUCAGCGCAAAGACUAAAAUUUGUUUUGUAUUCGUGUUGAUGUAUUCGUCUUCUUCUUUGUUAAAGUUUAGCUUUAUGUUUCAAUUGAUUAAUUAGCUUUCUGUUGGCACUUCAGCAAAUCUUUAAUCUCUUUCUUCUUCUAGCAUCUAAUUGAAAUGUUGCUGAAAAUCUUCCAAUGAUGGUUUAAUCUUGAACUAAAUGUUUGUGUUUGUUCACCUUCUUAAAGACGGUGGGAUGAAAAUGCUGUUUCCUUCAAAUGACGUUUCACUUUUAGGCCAAACAUUUUUAUAUUUAUUUAGCGACUCUUCAAGCACAACUUCAAUUCCAACGGCAAUUUAUUUUAUUCUUAUUUGUGAGGUUUAAUAAUAAACUGACAACUUAUUGUCUGCAAGCCAAAAAGGGAAACAGAAGAUCACUGUAUGCUGAUGAUGUUCAAGUCUUUGUAGCUUUGCAUCAGCAGCAGGUUGAGCCGUUUUAAAUUUUAGUAAAAUUUUUCUCUCUUGUAAGAGUCAAUAUAACACCAACUAACUAAAUAUGGGAAAGUUUCUACUUUGUCUUUCCUUAGCGGUGCUUAAAGACGCCUUCACUGGACGGAGACCCUGAUUUAUGACAAACAUGGCCGGAUCGGCCUUCAGUACUCCCCAGACUGCUGCUAUGACCGACCCAAACCGCACCGAUCUGCUCCUCCUGGAGGUCAUUAGGGUGAAGCUGCUGGCGUCACACAACAGGCUCCAUUGAUUGGAGGACAAAAAACAAUGUUGCUGAUUGCGACAAAGACAACAGAUAGUCGUCACACUAGUAAGACGUUAGUCGUUUGGGUUUAAUUCAGUCAAACUGAAAUGUUCUGGACCAUAAAUCAGCCGACCAAACCGGUCCGUACCGUACCGCUCAAUGGAAACUGCUUUCAUAUCCAGAAUGAAGCCUCAAAUUCAAUAAAAUCAAACCUAAGGAAGGUUUGCCCAUGUUAAAAGCCUUGUGGAUUUCUAACGCUCCAUAAAACAUCAUUAUGUCCCCAAUAUGUUCCUCCCAAACAAUGGUCAGCUACCUCACACCAAGACAGCUCCUUCAUAAUGAAUCCUUAGUGUUUUCUUAUAAUCCCACAAAAUCUCCUCCAGGACUCUGCACAGACCGACCAUGUUUUAAUGUUUUAAUCUCAGCUUGGUCUUCGUCCAGAUUCUUUACAGCUUUCUGCACUUUAUUCAGUUUAAUCUGUAAAAUCCCAGUUUAUUCCCAGGAGGGAAAAAGUGAAGUAUUUGUUUCGUUUGACGGUUUCAGAGCCGUUAUUUGAGAUAUUCUUCAACACCAAAUCUUUAAGUUGGGAGCAAAUAUGGACCAAAAUGUCUCUUCUAAAAGACAUGACAUAAAUGUGCUUUAUGUGUUUGCUAUGACUUUUCUGUUUGUUUGCUCUUGUACCUAUGAAUGUAUUUCUUUUUUUCUGUCCUUCAAGCCAAACUAUGCAAAUACUGUGGAUCCUUGUGUGCAAUAAAGUCCUGACUUUAGUUCUGUUUAAGCUGCCAAUAUCUAACAAACAGCUGCCUUGAAUAAACGACUCCUUGAUGAGAUAAA